GUCGUUCAGAUCCCUCGCUAUAGUAGCAUUAGAUGCGCUGAAGAUGAGCAGACAUACUGUUCCUCGAGCCAUGAUCAGUUAGGAAACUCUGAAACCGGUGGACGAGCUGAGGAAAAUGGCGAGAGACUUCACCACAACGAGUCUGAGUAACAUCGACCUCGCCUCUUUACGGGAUCCUGCAGGGAUCUUCGAGCUCAUCGAGGUGGUCGGCAACGGGACCUAUGGACAGGUUUACAAGGGUCGACAUGUGAAGACAGGACAGCUGGCAGCCAUCAAGGUCAUGGAUGUGACGGAGGAGGAGGAGGAUGAAAUCAAGCUGGAGAUUAACAUGUUGAAGGCUCACUCGCAUCACAGGAACAUAGCCACGUAUUACGGUGCUUUCGUGAAGAAGAGUCCUGCGGGCCAGGAUGACCAGCUGUGGCUGGUGAUGGAGUACUGCGGCGCCGGCUCGGUCACAGACCUGCUGAAGAAGACCAAAGGGAACUGCCUGAAGGAGGACUGGAUCGCCUACAUCUGCAGAGAAGUGCUGAGAGGUCUGUUACACCUGCACUCUCAUCACGUGAUUCAUCGAGACAUUAAAGGACAAAACGUGCUGCUGACGGAGAACGCUGAGAUCAAACUGGUGGAUUUUGGCGUCAGUGCUCAGUUGGACAGGACGAUUGGCAGAAGAAACACCUUCAUCGGGACGCCGUAUUGGAUGGCGCCGGAGGUGAUUGCGUGCGACGACAGCCCUGACUCCACGUAUGACUACAGAAGCGACGUGUGGUCUCUGGGAAUCACCGCUUUAGAGAUGGCAGAGGGAGCGCCACCCCUGUGUGACAUGCAUCCCAUGAGAGCGCUGUUCCUCAUUCCACGAAACCCUCCUCCCAAACUCAAGUCCAAGAAAUGGUCUAAGAAGUUUCAGACGUUUGUGGAUGGCUGUCUGGUGAAGAACUACCUCCACCGGCCGUCCACAGAGACGCUCCUGCGCCACUCCUUCAUUAAAGACCUUCCCAAUGAGCGGCAGGUGCGCAUCACGCUCAAAGACCACCUGGACAGGACCAGGAAGAGGAGACGAGAGAAAGAGGGGACGGAAUAUGAAUACAGCGGCAGUGAAGAUGAAGAAGAUGCCAUGAAUGAAGAUGAAGGUGAACCCAGCUCUAUAGUCAAUCUUCCCGGAGAGUCCAUGCUGAGACGGGAGUUCCUGCGUCUGCAGCAGGAGACAAACACACAAACACACCUGCUCCAGCAAACACACAGCCAGGACAACUACAAGAGACAGCUGCUGGCCGACAGACACAAGAGGAUCCAGCAGCAGCAGGAGGAGCGCCGCCGCCUCGAAGACCAGCAGGAACAGCUGAUACACGAGACCGGACUCCAGUGGCCAGAGCUCCAGGAGAUGAUGUGGCAGGAAGAGACUGACCUUACCGAGAAAACCAGAAGAAAUCACAAGAAACAGCCCAGAGACGGUGAACAGCACAGGACUGAUCCUCAAUCAGCGGCUGUAAGUCUUUUUGCUGAGCAGCAGCGCACUCUUCCCAGAGAUCAGUCGCAGCACGACCCUGCGCUCCAGCAGAGGAGUCCUCGAGACGGGCUGGCAGGUAAACUGGAGUCGCUGGAGGCUCAUCUUGUGAAUCUGAACAGUAUGGCGGUGAGAAUUCCUCAUGUUCAGUCUCGUCUGGGAUCAGGGAGCAGCUCCAGUCCGUGUACUCCAGCGCUGCAGAGAGCGGCCAAACCGCCGAACGUGAGCGUGUGUCCCAGUCGAGAGCUUCAUCACAGCAGCUCCAUGACAGACGUCUCCUCCGCUCCUCUUGAUGAAGUCUUCUUCAGCUCUGACGAGCAGCCGCCGAAGAUUCCAGAGCGAACCGCGUCAAAGCUCAAAGAUGUGUGGAGUCAGCACAGAUGUGUAUCCAGUGGUGAUGGUGUGAGGAUGUCCUGCAGCUCCAGCAGCAGCUCUCAGUCAGGUUACUGUAUGCUGGACAGAAGCGCUCAAGCCUCGCCACACAACCAGGGUUUGGGAAUGAAGUCUCCCUUCAGCCCAUUAAUGAAGCUUGCUGAAUAUUCUUCCUCCAGUGAUGAAGAUGAAGAGAGGACUAGGUCUCCGUUGAGCAGUGGCAGGCCGCUGUUUUCCAGAGGACGGUCUGAUGAGAUCAUUCUUCAGCUUCAUCACAGCGAUAAACAGCAGCAGCAGAGUGCAGCAGAGCCAGCACAUAACGUCCAUCCGAGGCCUGCAGGAUCUCCGUCCAGCUACGGCUGCUUUCUGCCCGACCUGCUGCACAAGAGCCCCUCGCACCAGCAGAGCGUCCUCGAGAAAUUAUUCAGUAGCCAGGCAGGAAAAGGCACAUCAUCUUCCUCUUCCUCAUUCUCCCCUUUCAUUGACCCUCGUUUGCUGCAGAUCUCUCCACCUCAGAGUCCACAGGGAUACAUCCAGCUGAACAGCAGGGAUGAGCCGUGUGUCAGGCAGCCUCACAGGAAGGGCUCGGUGGUGAACGUCAACCCCACCAACAUCCGUCCUCAGAGUGACGCCCCGGAGAUACGCAAAUAUAAGAAGAAGUUCAACACUGAAAUCCUCUGUGCCAGUCUGUGGGGAGUGAAUCUGCUGGUGGGCACCGAGAGCGGCCUGUGGCUGCUGGAUCGCAGUGGUCAGGGUAAAGUUUACUCUCUCAUCAGCCGCAGACGCUUCCAGCAGAUGGACGUGCUGGAGGGACUCAACGUGCUCAUCACUAUAUCAGGUAAGAAAAACAAGCUGAGGCUGUACUACCUGUCCUGGCUGAGGAAUAAGGUCUUGCGUAAUGAUCCGGAGGUGGAGAAGAAACAGGGCUGGACCUCAGUGGGGGAACUGGAAGGAUGUGUGAGCUACAAAGUAGUUCGCUACGAGAAAAUCAAGUUCCUGGUCAUCGCCCUGAGGAACGCAGUGGAGGUUUACGCCUGGGCUCCCAAACCGUAUCACAAGUUCAUGGCUUUUAAAUCGUUCAGCUUGCUGCCCCAGAAGCCCCUCUCAGUCGACCUGACGGUGGAGAACGGACAGAGGUUAAAGGUCAUCUACGGGUCUCACUCUGGGUUUCAUGCUAUCGAUGUGGAUUCAGGGACGCCCUUCGAUCUUUACCUGCCCAGUCAUAUCCAAGGUGUGAUUCGGCCGCAUGCCAUCAUCAUCCUCCCCAGCAGCAGUGGGAUGGAGCUGUUGGUGUGUUACGAGGAUGAGGGAGUCUAUAUUGACACCUGUGGCCGCAUCACCAAGGAGACGGUGCUGCAGUGGGGGGAGAUGCCCGCCUCUGUGGCUUACCUUCAGUCGAAUCAAGUGAUGGGAUGGGGAGAGAAAGCCAUCGAGCUGAGGUCCGCCACGACUGGCAGUCUAGAGGGAGUCUUCAUGCACAAGAAGGCUCAGAAACUCAAGUUCCUGUGUGAGAGAAACGAUAAAGUGUUUUUUGCGUCGGUGCAGUCGGGUGGAUGCAGUCAGAUCUACUUCAUGGCGUUAGGACAGAACUCUCUCUUCAGCUGGUGAUCGUCUUCAUUCACAGGCUGUUCCUGAUAGAAGCAUCCAAAUGACAGAGUACACACUCCAUAUCGCAUAACCAACCAUCUGUUCAUUCAAACUCUCAUUUUUUUCUUUUCAAUUUACUGUAUUGACAUGUAAACAUCUUUAAUAGAAGUGAUAUAUAUAUAUAUAUAUAUAUACAUAUUGUAUGAUUUAAUACAUGUAAAAUAAUUGAUAUAUUGCGUUGUCUGACAGUGUCAGCUUUUGUCUUGAUCUGUGCUUGAAACAUAAACCUUGUUUUGUAUUUUAAUUGUAUCCUUGUCAAAUCUUGCAAAAAGGACUUAAUAUUUUGUCCCUAAUUAUUUUAUUGUAUAAUAACAACCAUGGCUGGUACACGGUGAAACCAAUACUAACAGCUAGCAGAGUAACUGUCAAAUAUUGUAACAUCUUUUGGGGGAAAUAUGCCGACAAUUCAGAAUAGAAAUGAUUGAUUACUGAUGACUGAAAUCAUCCGAUAACUGCAGACAUUCAGCUUUCAUUUCACAGGCUUAAAGUAAAAAAAAAAAAAUUAUAAUAACAAAUGUCAGCUUAUGUUUAUUGUUUUUGUUUAUUAUAGCUCUCACUGUAUUAAAACACAAACAUAACUGGACACGUUAUCAUGAUAAAAGCGAUCUAAUAAAAGGUUGUUUAGUUAUUGGUUGCAGGUCUUUUGCAUGCAGACUAAACGAUAAACGUGAACGUGUGUCGAGAAGAGAGUUGUGACGCAGGUGACUGUUGGCUCUCGACUUUAAAUCAGGAAAAUGAAUGGAGCAAAGCAAAGCAGCAGGAAGUGGAGGAUGAUGGUAUGAAAGAGUUAAAGAAAGUCGAAAUGUUGGAAAUCAGAGAGAAGUGUGGAGUUUGGGAUCAGAUGGAUGGAUGAAACAACGGUGCAUUGAAAUGUUAUAUUUCUGCACUCAAAACACCUGUGCUUGUAAAGAUGCAAUGCUUCUGAAGCACCUGCACUUCACAUCACUUGUAUAGACUAACUUGCUUAAUACUGCUGUUGUAGUUCCACACAUUAUUAAUUUCACUCAUUUAUUGACAAUAAAACUAAAAAUGGCACCCGAAGGGUUGAUUUUACACUAGAGAACAGACAUUUUGUGAGCAUUAUCAUUUGCAGCAAAAUACUGUCCGUCACAAUGCUGUAAUCCAACAGACCAUCUCAGUACAUGGACAAGAUGAGCGUUAAGAAGAGCUCCACACACAACAGUAUCAUCAGACAGCUAUUAUUGAAUUGUAUUGUGUAGUGGUUCAGGAGUGUCGUGUAAUUCUUUGCUCCAUUAGGAAACCAUUGGGAAUCUGAUGCUCAGAUCAGCUCUGUUGCUCAUCAGUUCAAUCACACUCUGCUCAUAGAAAGGCGUGUUUUUUCGUUUUUUUCCCUCUAUUGGGACGUGUCCGAGUGUAUUCUCAACCGUGCCUUAAUGUGCUCUGAAUGCUGUCUGGCUUGUGUGUGAGACAUGAUGAAUGUUUUAACAUUAAAAUGUCCUGCCAUAGUCGGUUUCUGUGCGCUUUGGGUCAAACUUUAAAAGUCAAUACUGCACUUUAACAACAGAACAUUUUAAUUUAAUUAAAAGCUUUUUUCUUUGUAAUAGUGAUAUUUGACUGACAUGUCCUGUACUGUACAUAUUCUGAAUACUGCGUUUUAUAGACAGUUUAUUAUCAAGCAUAAUAGGAAGUUCCAUAUACUCAUUGCAUAUACAGUGUAUGUUGUGUGCCACAUGAAGGAAUUGAGCCAAAUAAAUGCUUUAAGAAUA